GAUAGUUUUCCGCUGGGCAUCUAUAUUUAUGCAGAUAAGUCGAAACUCUCUACCUUUGGCUCAGUGACUGGCUACCCUGUUAUUGCCAGACUGAUCGGCUGGCUUCCUGAGGCAAGCAGCGGAGCUGAAAAGCAUGACCAAAAAGCUUGGGCCACAUUUCAGUCAUACAUCUAUCAACAGGCAAUGAGUGAGGUUUUAAGCUCUCUGCACGAUGCGGCAUAUUGGGGUGUCCAGCUCAGGUGUGCUGAUGAUAUUUUAUGGAGAGUUUUUCCUUUCGUAUAUGGCCUAAUCGCCGACAACCAAGAAGGUUGGACCAUGUUAGCCAUGCGUGGCGCUAAAUCACUCAAGCCUUGCACAAUCUGCCUUGUCCCAAGGGAUGCACUUCACCGACUGGACGUGAAGUAUCCUCGCUGCUCCAAAUCUGAAACUAGCCAAAUUAUUUGA